GAUUAGAUAUGAUAUACUUUGAAUAGCUAUGCCUUACUUGCCUACAGAAAUAUAAUUGUUUUUUUAUAUAAUUUAUUGAACUAUUGAUAUAAUACCCAUACAAUACCUUAAUUGAAAAAGAAAUAUGUCUGUUCUUAAGCAUCUUUAUCUCGAUGAUAUUAUCACAUCUUUUCCAGAACUUGGACCAACUAUACAAGAUGGGGGUUAUUCAUGGAUUAUUUUAAUUGGUGUAUUUCUAAUUCAGAUGACCAUACCAAGUAUACUAUCAGUCUACGGUAUUGUACUUGGAUAUUUGACCGAAAAUAAGACAGCCGAAUUUGACUUGUGGGACCAAAAGAUUAUUUUGACACCCAUGCUUUUCAUAGCAUUUUGGAAUUUAGCAGAUCCAUGGUCUAAAGUGAUUGUGGAUUUGUCUUCUGUUCCACGUAUAAUUGGAUUAAUAGGAAUAGCUCUUAUAUCUAUUGGUGUCUUAGCAUCUGGAUAUCUUGCUACUGGUGGAGUUGGAGCAUAUUUAGUUAGUUUGAGUGCUGGUGCAGUUAUGGGUAUAGGAGCAAGUUUUGUACUAAUUCAAAGUCAAGAGUGUUUGCAAAAGUAUUUCCGGAUAAAAUUAUCAGUAGCUCUUACUAUAAGAAAUAUAGCAGUAUCAUUGGGGUAUAUUAUUGUUCCAAGUUUCACUCAUUUGUUACUUAUGCAAGUUCAUUUGAAAAUUGCUUUGUUGCUUAUAACAAUUAUUUUCAUACCAACUAUUUUGGGUGUUGCCCUAUUACGGCAGCCAAUUUCUCCAAAACCUUCACAUUAUAAUUUACUCUUAACAAUUGAAGAUGACAGUGAAAUUUCCACAAAAUAUCUUCCCAAUGUUAAUAUGAAAAUAGAAUCUACAGAAAACAAUAAUUUGGAAAAUUCUUCUUGCAAUGGAACAGAACAAAUAGAAGAUACCAACUCUUCAUUUGCUGGGAAUAAUGAGAUUUAUACUUAUGAAGAUAGUGAAGAAGAUAUCUUUAUUAAUUCAAUUAUAAAAUCAAAUAACAAAUGGAAAAAUCGAAUUCGAAUCUUUUUAUAUUUUCGAUUUUGGAUAAUUAUACUUACAUGGAUCGGAAUAAAGUCUUUUACUUUAUUCUUUUGGAUAUCGUUACCUUAUAUGUUUAUUACAAGAAUAUCUUCUUCGCAUGAUUAUGUUACAAUGUCAAUUAUCGCAGGCUUUGGUACUUUUUUACCAAAUUCGAUUACUUUCUUGAUUUUGCAAGCUGCACCACAAAAUAGAAGAUUAAUUUUUGGUAUAGCAUGUUGGCUUGGGUGUUCUAUUUUAAUAGUAUUAACAUAUACCACAGAAUAUUAUGUAUUCAUGGCUUGUGCAUUGCUAGGAGGGAUAAGUAUUGGUGGAUUGUCAGUUUGUCAAGAUUUAACACUUUGUGAUAUCUUUGGACCUCGUUUCAUACAUAAAUUUCAUAAAGUAUUUUCAACAGUAGUAGGGAUCAGUUUAUUAUCCCUUUGUUUCGUACGUAAUACAAUCCUGUGUUUUCAUUUAGUUGCAUUAUCGUUAUUUUUAAGUGGUUGCUAUUGGAUUUGGUUACCCAUUUUUAACAUACUAAAACAACGAUGUAUAGCUUGUCGUAAAUCAAUCUAAUUUAUAUUUAAUUUGUAUUUGCAUAAAAUUGAUUUAUACGUAUCAUUUAUCUUAAAAAAAAUCUAG